CAUUGGCCCCGGCUGCCGGCCGAGCCCUGCCCCGGGCGCUUGGCCCCUGUCCCUCCAUGGCUGCGGCGGGGCGGGGGGCUCGGCUGAGCGAGGCGGGCGCCGGGCCGUAAAACCCCCGCGCCGGGCGCCCCAUGGUCCCAGGCCCCGGCCGCGCCGCUUGAUGCAGCUGCGGGCAGCCGCUGCGCGCCCAUCCCCGGGAGCCCCGCCAUGGCGGAGCCCCCGCCGCCGCUCUCCGGCCCGGCCCGGCUCAGCUACGCCCUGGGGCACUUUCUGAACGACCUGUGCGCCUCCAUGUGGUUCACCUACCUGCUGGUCUAUUUCCACGCCGUGCUGGGCUACAGCACCACCCACGCGGGGACCUUGCUGCUCGUGGGCCAGGUGGCCGACGGGGUCUGCACGCCGCUGGUGGGCUACGAGUCCGACCGCUCGGCCGGCUGCGGCCGCUACGGCCGGCGGAAAACCUGGCACCUCGUGGGGACUGUCUGCGUCCUGCUGUCCUUCCCCUUCAUAUUCAAUCCCUGCCUGGGCUGCACGGAGGCCACGCCCCAGUGGGUCGCGUUCAUCUACUUCAUCCCCUUCAUAGUCAUCUUCCAGUUCGGCUGGGCAGCCACCCAGAUCUCCCACCUGUCACUCAUCCCUGAGCUGGUGACCACCGACCACGAGAAAGUGGAGCUCACAGCACUCAGGUACGCCUUCACCGUCGCGGCCAACAUCACCGUGUACGGCGUGGCCUGGCUGCUCCUGCACUUCCAGCUCAGACACUCGGGGCCGACGGAGCAGCUGGGCAAGCCUGACAUCCAUAUCUUCCGGAACCUGUCCCUGAUCGUGGUGGCGGUGGGCGCUGUGUUCUCACUCCUGUUCCACCUGGGCACCAAGGAGCGGCGCCACCCCCAGGCCAGGCUGCUCGAGCCCGAGGAGCACACGCCGCUGCUGCAGAAGGGGCACAAAAUCCCCCCGCGCCCACUGCUACUGUGGAAACACUGGCUGCAGGAGCCUGCCUUCUACCAGGUGGCGAUGCUGUACAUGGCCACGCGGCUGAUUGUCAACCUGUCCCAGACCUACAUCGCCAUGUACCUGACCAACUCGCUGAUGCUGCCCAAGAAAUUCAUCGCCACCAUCCCCCUGGUGAUGUACAUCAGCGGCUUCCUCUCCUCCUUCCUCAUGAAGCCCGUCAACAGGUGGAUCGGCCGAAACCUGACCUACUUCAUGGGGUUACUCAUUAUCCUGGCCUUCGCCUCCUGGGUGGCCCUGGACAGCCGGCUGGGAGCGGAGGUUUAUGGAGCAGCUGUGCUGCUCGGGGCUGGCUCGGCCACCAUCUUGGUCACAUCCCUCUCCAUGACGGCUGACCUCAUUGGGAGCAACACGCACAGCGGAGCUUUCGUCUAUGGGGCCAUGAGCUUCACGGACAAAGUGGCCAACGGGGUGGCGGUGAUGGCCAUCCAGAACCUGCACCCCUGCCCGACCCAGCUCUGCUGCGCCGGCUGCGUCGAGUUCUACCACUGGGUGAUGGUGGUCGUCACCGGGGGCGUCGCUGUGGCCGCCAUCAUGUGUCUGUGCUGCAUUAUGAUCUGGCCAAUCCGGGUCCGAUUCCAUGACGUCUCGGUGCUGCCGCUGGCUGGGGCAGGGCCGGGCGAGGCUGGGAGCACAGGGGAAAGGAGUCGAAGCAGCACCGUCAACUGAGCCGAGCGCUCGCACUUGGAACCGGGACUGCGCCACUUGCACUUUAUACCUGGGAUGCUCCAAAGGAAGGGAACUGAUGCUGGGACCCGGGGCAGGGCCGGUGCUGAGGUCGUGCAGCAGGUCGGCCUGUUCCUUUGCAUCUCCCUCCCGCCACUUUGCACGGACUUUCCUUCCCCCGUCACUGUGUAACGUCGCCCCCCUGCUGGCAGCGGGGGGAAUCCCAUGUCUUUGCACAUGUCUAAUCCUAGGACUUGCCGGGCGGGCGGCACGAAUUGGAUCUGCCCCAUGCACUGUGGGAAGGGGGCACUCAAGAACCUGUACGUUUUAACACGUGUUGUGCAAUCUGUCUGUGAAUAACACUUUUUUAAAUGAGUGCCAUCCUGAGUAAAGAGACGACGUUUGAAGGACAGCA